CACACCCACAAAAAAUUCCUUCAUACUACAAGCAGAGAUGGCUGCAGCCUCAUCAAAGCUCUUUCAGGCUUUGUUCCUCCUCGGCUUCUUCGCAACCGCAGCAAACGCCCAACUCAAAGUUGGCUACUACGCCAAGAGUUGCCCAAAUGCUGAGGCAAUUGUGAAGAAGGUGAUGGAUCAGGUCAUGGAUGUGGCUCCUAGCCUCAGCGGCCCUUUGCUCAGGAUGCACUUCCAUGAUUGCUUCGUUAGGGGUUGUGACGGUUCACUUUUAAUAAACUCCACAAAGAACAACACAGCUGAGAAGGACUCUCCCCCUAAUUUCACCCUAAGAGGGUAUGGAGUCAUCGACAGGGUUAAGGAAGCCCUAGAGAAGGAAUGCCCCGGAGUCGUUUCCUGCGCCGAUACCUUGGCCAUAGUAGCCAGAGACGUUACAGUCGCGACGAAAGGGAUGUACUGGGAAGUCGAGACCGGGCGAAGAGACGGGAGAGUGUCGAUCCUGACCGACGCCUUCACCCUGAUACCGCCGUCGGCCAACAUCUCGACCUUGAUCUCCGGCUUCAAGGCUCGAGGGCUCUCCGUCAAGGACCUGGUGGUGCUACAAGGCAGCCACACCAUCGGAAUCUCCCACUGCUCCUCCUUCACCAACAGAAUCUACAACUUCACCGGGAAAGGCGACGUCGACCCGACGCUGGAUUCGGAGUACAUCCCAAGGCUCCGGAGCAAGUGCAGGUCGCCGGCCGACCAGACCACGGUGGUGGAAAUGGACCCGGGAAGUUUUAAGACUUUUGACGACGGGUAUUUUAAGCUCGUCGCUAAAAGGAGGGCUUUGUUCCAGUCCGACGCGGCCAUGCUCGACAACGCUGAGACCAAGGCUUACGUGGAGAAGUCGGUGACCGCUGGAUCUACUUUCUUGAAGGACUUUGGGGAAUCGAUGGUCAAGAUGGGCAGGAUCGGUGUGCUGACUGGGCGUGCUGGAGAAAUCAGGAAAGUCUGUUACAAGAUUAACUAAUUAGUUAACUUGGUAAGUUCUAAGUUGAUUAUAUAUGUGAUAAUAAUAAAAAAAGGUCAACUUAUAACGACGAAGGUAUGUCGUGGUUAAUUGUGCAGUGUUUUGUACGACGGCUAAGAAUGCCCGUCACUAAAGAGUUGAGGUUCUUAUUUUGUUAUUAUUUAAAAUUACGUUCAUUUAUUGGUGUUCAUAAUAUUGUUUUGUUUCGUUGUAUGGUGCUCUCUGUAUUCGAAGGAAAAAAGAAGAUCAAAUAAGUGUUAUAUAAUGGU